UGGGAAAAGCCUUGACCAUGAGGUUGAUCCUGUUAUUUGGUGCCCUAUUUGGGCAUAUCUACUGUCGAGAAACAUUUGUGGGAGACCAAGUUCUUGAGAUCAUCCCAAGAAAUGAAGAACAAAUUAAAAAUCUGGUGCAACUGGAGGCCGAAGAACAUCUUCAGCUUGAUUUUUGGAAACCACCCACCUUCCCAGGGGAGGUAGCCCAUAUCCGUGUUCCCUUUGUGAACAUCCAGGCAGUCAAAGUUUUCUUGGAGUCCCAGGGGAUUGCUUACUCCAUCAUGAUUGAAGAUGUUCAAGUUCUGUUGGACCAAGAAAAUGAAGAAAUGCUCAAUCAGCAAAGGGAACGCAGUGCUAACUUCAACUUUGGGGCCUACCAUACCUUGGAAGAGAUUUACCAAGAAAUGGAUAACCUCGUGGCUGAGCACCCUGGUUUAGUGAGCAAAGUGAUCAUCGGUUCUUCUUUUGAAAAUCGGCCCAUCAAGGUGCUUAAGUUCAGCACUGGAGGAGACAAACCAGCCAUCUGGCUAGACGCUGGGAUCCAUGCUCGAGAGUGGGUUACACAAGCUACUGCACUGUGGACAGCAAAUAAGAUUGUGUCUGAUUAUGGAAAAGAUCCAUCCAUCACUUCCCUUCUGGAAACCAUGGACAUCUUCCUGCUACCUGUCACAAACCCCGAUGGAUAUGCAUUUUCUCAAACCUCCAAUCGUAUGUGGCGCAAGACCCGGUCCACACUAUCUGGAAGCCUCUGUGUAGGUGUGGAUCCUAACCGGAACUGGGAUGCAAAUUUCGGAGGACCUGGAGCCAGUAGCAACCCUUGUUCUGAAUCGUACCAUGGACCCAGGGCCAACUCUGAAGUUGAAGUGCAGUCCAUAGUGGACUUCAUCAAAAGGCAUGGGAAAGUCAAAGCUUUCAUUACGCUCCACAGCUAUUCCCAACUGCUCAUGUUCCCCUAUGGAUAUAAAUGUACCAAUCCAGAAAACUUUGAUGAGCUGGAUAAAGUGGGCCAGAAGGCUGCCCAGUCUUUGAAAAGUCUGCAUGGCACUAAUUACCAAGUAGGAUCAAUCUGCUCUGUCAUUUACCAAGCCAGUGGUGGAAGCAUCGACUGGGCCUAUGAUUUUGGCAUUAAAUACUCAUUUGCCUUUGAACUGAGAGACACAGGCCGCUACGGCUUCCUUCUGCCAGCCAAGCAGAUCGUGCCCACGGCAGAAGAGACCUGGCUUGGCCUGAAGACCAUCCUGGAGCAUGUGCGAGACCACCCCUAUUAGGCAUCUGUGGAAUAGAAUAAAAAGCAGCAUUAAAAUCUCUGUGGUAUAA